GAUAACAAUCAUGAGUUUCAUAAUUCCCAGUUGGUAUGCGAAGGUUGUUCAUUUGGAAUCAGAUUGGGCAUUCGAGAUAGGAUACUUUCAACCAGGUGAAAGUAGAGGACUGUUGUACUGCAAUAUGAGACCCAGUCCCAUCUAA